UUGAUUAUCUCAAGAUAAUCAGAUAUAAUUUCAUACUGAAUUAAUACAUAGUGCGUUUUGAAGUGUUUAUUCAGGUGAUGGCCAGUGACCAGAUAUUUUUUCACAGGACACUGCAGCAGGUCUUGCAUACAGAAAUGCAAACAGAAUAUCCUCUCCGAGCGCUUUAAUCAACUGCAUUUAGUCUUCAGCAGUACACAUAGAUAGGCUAGGUGAAUCAUCCAUAUCAGGCCUAGAUACCAUGCUUGAUUUUGGAAUUAUAGCCAUUUGCAGUUACACUAGCAUGGGCCAAUAAAGUCAAUGUCUAUAUUUCAUCACCUUUGUUUUAGAAUUACACCAUGUCUAAAGGGAUGACUUUAGCUCAACAGGGGAGUAUUAAAGAGGGAGCUUUUAGUAAAACUUGUGACCUCACAGGUGCCGCCCCCUCACCAAAACUUUUGCACGCCUUUCAGAAAGAAGACAGUCAUACUAACAAGAGUUUAGUUUUAACCAAGAAGCGCUGGCAAGUCGUCAGCUUUUAAACGGGUGUUCAUAAAGAACUUCAGCCGUGAUUGUUGCCGUUGAAAUUAAUGCAAUUUAAUCUAAUCCUCGAUAUCAAAUGCUGUGUAACAUUUGAGUUUUUAAUUAUUUUGAGAACAUUUAGAUUUUUUUUUAAUGUGAAAAACUGAAGUUCUACAGGAAAUCUGAAAAAGGCCUCCAAAUUGUUGUAGUAUGAUCUGAACACCGGUGCACGUGUUUGUUGAUUGACCACAAAAUCAGUUUCAUGGUCGGUUCAGUUUAAUAGCUGCUUUCUUUCAGUCGCCACGCUUCAAACGGCUUUUCUUGACAAAAAGGCUUUCAGACGACCUGCGUGCAGUCUUUUACAGACAGAUAUGAAGAGGUGUUAAAUCACUCCCCUGUUUGUGUCAGCCAAUGAGCAGACGAGGAACAAUGAUUGUCUCGGAUCUCACGAAGCUCCUCCCAUCAAAGUUGAGAAAGUACUACGAAUAGCCCGGGGUCGACGCAGAUUGACUACCAAGAAGUGGAUAGAACGGAAUCCGAGGCAAAUAACGGGCCCAAGAAAUAUCAUAGUGCGGUUGGAAACGCAAUGAUGGGCGAGGGAGAGAGUGACCACUUCUCCGGGACUAAAACGGCUCCAGAUGGAAGAAAAAGUUCGCCAGUCAUCGGCGAAGAUGACCUCUCCAGCAGCCGUCGCUAUAACAUAGACGAACUCGGUUCUGACAGGUACUUCAUCUCUUCAACACAGCCCAGCACCGACGUGGCGAACCCAUGUUCUCUGUUCCCUUACGGACAGACCGGGACUGUGUAUAGUGGGUCAAACGGGUCUAGGUAUUCGACUUCACUGCAUUACGGAUCGGUCUUGCCACCGACAGGGUUUUCAUCAGCUGUCUGCGCCAGUAGGAGUCAAUUUGCUACAGGGUACCAGUUUGGGCAAGGUCCAGGAUGCCUGUACCCGCCGUACCCAGGAUCAGGCUCGGGACUCAGCUCAAUGCCUAUCCCAGGGUCAGCCGGAGGAGCAAGGGCUCAAGUUUAUUUGUGCAACCGUCCUCUGUGGCUGAAGUUUCACCGACAUCAGACGGAGAUGAUCAUCACCAAACAGGGCAGGCGGAUGUUUCCCUUUCUUAGUUUCAAUAUCACUGGACUGAAUCUAACGGCACAUUACAACGUCUUUGUGGAGGUAAUUUUGGCCGAUCCAAACCACUGGCGUUUCCAAGGAGGUAAAUGGGUGACCUGUGGAAAGGCUGACAACAACAUGCAAGGAAAUAAAGUGUACGUCCACCCUGAAUCUCCUAACACCGGGGCCCACUGGAUGCGACAGGAGAUCUCCUUCGGCAAGCUGAAGCUAACCAACAACAAGGGCGCCAACAAUAACAACACCCAGAUGAUUGUCUUGCAGUCGCUGCACAAAUAUCAACCGCGGCUUCACAUAGUGGAAGUUACUGAGGAUGGUGCAGAGGACAUAAGCAACGAAGCGAAGACUCAGACCUUCACCUUUCCUGAGAACCAGUUCAUUGCAGUCACCGCUUACCAGAACACAGAUAUCACACAGCUGAAGAUUGACCACAAUCCCUUUGCAAAAGGCUUCAGAGACAACUAUGAUUCGAUGUACACGGCCCCAGAGAGCGACAGACUGACGCCCUCCCCCACGGACUCCCCCCGCUCCCACCAGAUUGUGCCGGGGGCGCGCUACGCCAUGCAGCCCUUCUUCCAGGACCAGUUUGUCAACAACCUGCCCCAGAACCACCGCUUCUACACGGGUGAGCGCGCCGUGCCCCAGACCAACGGCCUGCUUUCCCCGCAGGGUGAGGACGCGGCGGCCGCCGCCGCCAGCGCCGCCUCGGCCCAGCGCUGGUUCGUGGGCUCGGUCCAGCAGACGGGCUCGUCGGCCAAGCUGGACCUGCCGUACGAUGGCGAUUACUCCACCUCGGGCCUGCUCUCCUCGUACGGCAUCAAGCCCCUGCCCCUGCAGUCGUCCCACGCGCUGGGCUACUACCCGGACUCGGCUGCCUUCAUGGCCGGUUGGGGCAGCACCCGGGGCGCGUACCAGCGGAAGAUGACCACGGGCCUGCCCUGGUCCCCGCGGCCCAGUCCCCCAGCCUACGCCGAUGACCCGCUGGCAGCCAAGGACAAGCUGCAAGACGAGGGCACCACGGCUGUUGCCGCCACCACCACAGCCGCCGCUGUGGGUGUUGCCGCUGCUGCCACCUCGCCGUGGAUGGAGACGCCGCACUCGCUGAAAUCAGUGGACUCUACCGACUCGGGGGUGUACUCCAUGAUCUGCAAGAGGCGCAGGUUGUCACCGGGAGGGUCAAGCACUGACACCUCACCCACCAUCAAGUGCGAGGACUUGACCACCGAUGAAUAUAACAAAGACAACAACCAGAAAGGAAUGGGCUACUAUACCUUCUACACCAGUCCUUAGGAAUCUGAUGUGUCCAUUCUCACUCAAAUGUAUAGAUCCCUGCUAUUCUGUCUUUUACUUUCUUUUGUUUACAUAAAAAAGUGAUUCUGCUAUUGCAUUUUUAGAAGUUUAUAAGAAGGUGCCAAAGCUAAGCGCCCUCCUAUUGUGCUAAAUGAAUCCUGUAUCUAAGUGACAGAUGGUUUUAAUUUAAUUUUAUUCCCAGAUGUAUUGUUUGCUUUAUCUUAAGCAUGUCCCAACAUUUUUAUAAUUUCAUUUGUUUUAAAUGCUGUGGAUUUCCUCUUAAAUUUUUAUUUAAUAUCAAUUUGUUGUACAGUAUUUGUGCACUUUAGAUUGUGAUGUAUCUUGUACAAAUGGUCUACAUGGCUCUGUUAUGAAAUGAAUAAUAAAAAUGUGCUUUUCAUAAAGUAA